AUGAACAAGGAAUCGUUUUCUCCUUCGCUUGAUUCGCAGAACCUGUCUGCCUCCGCCUCCGGAGUGGCCAACAACAAGUCGUACGCCGUCAAGUACCUGUGUGCCAACUGUUCGUCCAAGGUGGUUCUCAUCCGAGGCGAUCCAGUUCGAUGCAAGGAAUGCGGUCAUCGAGUUUUGUACAAGGAGCGGGCCAACUACACUGUCCAAUUCUCCGCCAGAUAG